UUAUCAGUUGAAGCGUUCAAGCUCAAUUUUCUCCUACUUUAUCGUGCCAUCGAACAUCACGCACAGUCUUUAUAGGUGUACAUAUAUAGUGUUCCUUUUGUCUGCUCGCCAAUCGAACGUAGUCUUCUAUUAUUUUCAUUUUUUUUUUGGUCUUUUCAAUUGAAUUUCAGGAUUGACGGGAAUUGUCCAAAGGAAUUCCGUUCAAAAGAAAAAAAAAGGGAAAAACUGUGAAUUUCUUUGAUUUUCUCGUUUGUUUUCUGUUCGGUUGUGCAAUCGCGUUAAGGUCAAAACAUGUCGGACGUUGAUGACAGCAACGGUAAACCAUCUGAACACGGUCAUUGGCAGGGUGGUCGCAAAUCAAAGACGGACAGCGCCAAAGUUCCAUCUGUUUUGCUGGCCCUAACAGGCGUUGCCAUUGUGGCCAUUCAGACGUACAUUUUCAUCGUUUUCGGAGACGACGGUGACUCGUACGAUUUCUUCCUCGUCUGCAACGCGAUGGCCAUCGCCAGCGGCAGUGUUAGCGUCUUGGGCGGCAUUCUUUGCCUUUGCUGCGUCUCUUCUAAACGUUCUUCAUCCGCAUUGGGGUGCAGUGUCUUUGUGGCCGUCCUGGCGGCUAUCGGGGCUAUCGGUUCCACCACUGUCGCUGUCAUGGAAUCAUUGCGGAUCGGUUCCGACGAUCCUGAACAUCCGUGUACAUCUGCAACGCUCACCGACUGUUCGCUGUGGUUCGAUUUGGAAAUAGCCGUCGCUGUACUCAGUGGCGUCAAUUUCAUCCUGGCCUUAACUUUAAUUAUCACCAUCUCAAUGGGCAUGAGACAGCCCAAGGUGAGAGAGACUCUUCGUUCACCUCCGGUGGAUGUUCAAUGGCGCGCGGCCAGCAUCCGCGAGACGGUGGAAAUAGAACCCCAACCGGAAGAGAUGAUAAUAGCUCCGAUUGUGGUGGAAGAGCAGCCGCCAACUAAAGUUGCACACAUUCCUGCCAAAGAAGAAGAAGAAGAAGAAGAAGAAAAUGAAUCCGUUAAUAUGAGUAGAGGACCUUACAUCGAGCAAUUGAAAAUGCUGUCCAGGGAGGAACUGGAACGUCGUCUCGGCGAGCACAUGCAGCACCAGUUUCUGGAGGAGCUACGACACGAGCUGAGCAGACGCAAUUUAAUUCCAAUCAAUGGAAGACUUGCCUCUAGUAAUCGAUCGACCAGCAGUUCGACAAAGAGCCAAGUUUCGAGUCAACCUGUUCCAGCACCGCAACCUGAUUACUACCAGCAACCAUUAGGCUAUAACAAAGAUGAACGCUUCUAGUUUGAAAAAUUGAAUACAACCCCCAAAAAUCCCUUUUUUUUUUAGUACAUUCAUAUGCAAAUUCUAAUAACAAUUCUUAUUUUUUUUUUGUUUUGUUUUUUUCAAAUCUUCCCAAUUGGAUUAAUGAUUGUAAAUCAAUUGUCAUUUCUUUUUACUAUAUCUCAAAAUGUCCAUAAAUAUAAUUAAAAAAAGGCA